AGAGGAAUUUCAGUAAGAGGGAGGGAGGGAGGGGGAGAGAGAGAGAGAGAGAGACGAGAGAGAGAGAGAGGAAGAAGGAGGGUACCAAACACAGUGUCUCGACCAGAAACCAAGCGACCGAAAAGAAUCGCAGCUUUCAGAAAGCUAUGGAGUCAGAGGCAGAUCACGCACACACCGAAAUUGACCAGAUUGAAGAACACUGUGCGCGCCAGCUGCUCUGCUUGACGGAACAGUGUACCGGACAAGGGCCGCGGUACACCCACAUUGAGCAAAACGAGUUCUUGCAUAGAAGACACAAGAUACAGACGGAGGAAGAUAUUGCCAUAUGUGAAUGCAAGUAUGAUGAAAAUGAUCCUGAAAGUGCAUGUGGAGAGAGGUGCUUGAAUGUACUAACCAACACGGAAUGCACUCCUGCGCAUUGCCCUUGCGGUGUCUAUUGCAAGAAUCAGAGAUUUCAGAAAUGUGAAUAUGCCAAGACAAAGUUGUUUAAAACAGAAGGUCGUGGUUGGGGUCUUUUAGCUAAUGAGAAUAUAAAGGCAGGACAAUUUAUUAAUGAGUACUGUGGGGAAGUGAUAUCAUGGAAAGAAGCAAAGCAAAGAUCUCACGCUUAUGAAAUUCAAGGUCUCCGAGAUGCAUUCAUUAUUUCUCUCAAUGCCUCUGAAUCUAUUGAUGCAACUGAAAAGGGAAGCGUUGCUCGUUUUAUAAAUCAUUCAUGCCAACCAAAUUGUGAGACAAGAAAGUGGAACGUGUUGGGGGAAAUUAGGGUUGGAAUAUUUGCAAAACAAGAUAUACUGGUAGGAACCGAGUUGGCAUAUGACUACAAUUUUGAAUGGUACGGGGGAGCUAAGGUUCGCUGCCUCUGUGGUGCUUCGAGCUGUUCAGGAUUUCUUGGGGCCAAGUCUCGUGGUUUUCAGGAGGAUACUUACCUAUGGGAAGACGAUGAUGACAGAUAUUCCGUUGAGAAAAUUCCACUGUACGAUUCUGCAGAGGAUGAGCCUUCGUCUAGGCUUUUCAGGGCUGUGAACUCCUCAAGUUCUGAGUUUGAUGUUGAUGGGAUGACGGAGAAUGUCAAUGUGGAUUCUGAACAUCAGUUGAUGUCUACUGCUCUUGUUGUGCAAUCACUUGAUUCUGUUCCAAUGGAGGGUGUAGUUAUGGAGGUAAAAACAGAAGUGAACAUGGAGAGGAAACUUUAUUCAGAAGACAAUCAACUGUCUAUUUCAAAAAAGAAUGCGAUGAUAUCUCGUAUCCGCAGUAAUACUGCAGGUCGGAAUUAUCACAUUAGAUCAGGGUCCAUGUCAAACAAAAGAUCAAAACAAUAUAAUGGAAAGUUGAAACAUGGUGCACAAAAGCAAGUCGACGCCAAAUCUGUUGCUGCGUUUUUAGCGUCAAAGGAAGCACAAGAGGAAAUUUUAAACUAUGAGCGGAUGAAAAAUGAUGCUGCCACUCAUCUUGAAUCUCUAUACAAUGAGAUACGACCUGCCAUUGAAGAACAUGAAAGGGACAGCCAAGACAGUGUAGCUACAAGUGUAGCUGAGAAGUGGAUAGAGGCUUGCUGCUUGAAACUGAAGGCGGAAUUCGACCUAUAUUCUUCCAUUGUUAAAGUCAUUGCCUGCACUCCUCGAAGGCCAUCUACCGAAGCUGAACCAUCUGACGGCAACACCGAGAAUGAGAUUAAGUACUUAGAGGAUUGAUCUUUCUUCCAAACAUGUUCAUUGGUUUGAAACCGAAAAACCAAUGAAACGUUACUCGUGUUUUACCACCAUGAGAUUUUCGACUAUGAUUCUGGGACUAUUUUUACAUAGUCGGCGUUGUGAGCUACCAUUCUGCGUAUUAUGAAGCUUCAUUUUCUUCUGGAAAUAAUCGACUUGUGGUUGUUAUUACCUGUAUAUUUGAUGAUCCACAUUUGAUCUCGUUUGGGGUUUUGAUUACUUGGCUGGAACGUUGUUUCCAUUUCCACAUCAUUUCCGUAGACACAGGACCAUGUGAUGUGAGUAAAGUCAAAACUAAACAUAGUUUCAUUGGAGGAGAGAAAUUAGGUAUUGAAUGUUGCAACGUGAAUUAAAUCUAUUAUUUUUAUUUUA